AAAAUAUGUAUCGUUAAAAUUAAAAACAAAUAUUAAGAGGCGGAAAUGGACCGGCCACAGAAGAUGCCCAAGGUGGCCAAGGUGAAGAACAAGGCGCCGGCCGAGGUGCAGAUCACGGCGGAGCAGCUGUUGCGCGAAGCCAAGGAGCGUGACCUAGAGAUUCUGCCGCCACCGCCAAAACAGAAGAUCUCUGAUCCAGCCGAAUUGGCCGACUACCAGCAGAGAAAGCGGAAGACUUUCGAGGACAAUUUGCGCAAGAACCGCAUGGUAGUCAGCCACUGGAUCAAGUACGCCCAAUGGGAGGAGCAGCAGCAGGAGAUCCAGCGGGCCCGUUCCAUCUGGGAGCGCGCUCUGGACAAUGAGCACCGCAACGUCACCAUCUGGCUUAAGUACGCUGAGAUGGAAAUGAAAAACAAACAGGUGAACCAUGCCCGCAACCUGUGGGACCGGGCCGUGACUAUCAUGCCGCGGGUGAAUCAGUUCUGGUAUAAGUAUACCUACAUGGAGGAGAUGCUGGAGAAUGUGGCCGGAGCCCGGCAAGUCUUUGAACGCUGGAUGGAGUGGCAACCAGAGGAGCAGGCCUGGCAGACAUACGUGAACUUCGAGCUGCGCUAUAAGGAGAUUGACCGGGCGCGCGAGGUUUACGAACGGUUCGUCUAUGUUCAUCCGGACGUCAAGAACUGGAUCAAGUUUGCCCGGUUCGAGGAGGCGCAUGGCUUCAUCCAUGGGUCGCGGCGCGUGUUCGAAAGGGCCGUAGAGUUCUUUGGCGACGAGUACAUCGAGGAGCGCCUCUUCAUCGGCUUCGCGCGCUUCGAGGAAGGCCAGAAGGAGCACGACCGCGCCCGCAUCAUCUACAAGUACGCUCUUGACCAUCUGCCCAAGGAGCGUACCAAGGAAUUGUUCAAGGCCUACACGAUACACGAGAAGAAGUACGGUGACCGCGACGGUAUCGAGGACGUCAUCGUCUCCAAGCGGAAGUACCAGUACGAGCAGGAGGUGGCCGCCAAUCCCACCAAUUACGAUGCCUGGUUCGAUUACCUACGUUUGAUCGAGGCCGAUGGCGAGAAAGACCUCAUUAGGGACACCUACGAGCGGGCCAUCGCCAACGUUCCGCCAGCUAAUGAAAAGAACUAUUGGCGUCGCUAUAUCUACCUCUGGAUAAACUACGCCCUCUACGAGGAGCUGGAAGCGGAGGACACUGAGCGGACGCGCCAAAUCUACAAGACCUGUCUCGACUUGAUGCCACACAAGCAGUUUACCUUCAGCAAGGUCUGGCUGCUCUACGCCCAAUUUGAGAUCCGCUGCAAGGAGCUGCAAAGGGCCCGCAAGACGCUCGGUUUCGCCAUCGGUAUGUGCCCCCGGGACAAGCUUUUCCGGGGUUACAUCGAUCUAGAGAUCCAGCUGCGAGAAUUCGAGCGCUGUCGUCUGCUCUACGAGAAGUUCCUUGAAUUCGGACCCGAAAACUGCGUAACCUGGAUGAAAUUCGCCGAGCUGGAGAACCUCUUGGGCGACACGGAACGGGCAAGGGCCAUAUUUGAGCUGGCCGUUCAUCAGCCUCGUCUCGACAUGCCGGAGCUGCUUUGGAAGGCUUUCAUCGACUUCGAGGUGGCCCUUGGCGAAACGGAGCUGGCUCGCCAGCUGUAUGAGCGUCUCCUGGAGCGCACUCAGCACGUCAAAGUUUGGAUGUCAUUUGCCAAAUUCGAGAUGGGCCUCAAUCACGGCGACAGCGGGCCCGAUGCCGCACUCAAUGUCCGACUGGCCCGUCGCGUCUAUGAGCGGGCCAACGAUAUGCUCCGCCAGCUGGGCGACAAGGAGUCGCGCGUCCUUCUGCUGGAGGCCUGGCGUGACUUCGAGCGGGAUGCCAAUGAUGGCCAGUGCCUGCAAAAGGUGCUCGAAAGGAUGCCGCGUCGCAUCAAGAAACGACAGAAGAUCGUCUCUGACGAUGGCGUAGAGGAGGGAUGGGAGGAAGUAUUUGACUACAUCUUCCCCGAAGAUGAGAUGGCGCGACCCAACCUCAAGCUGCUCGCCGCUGCCAAGAUGUGGAAAAAACAAAAGGACGUACCCGACGAAGAUCCAGUACCUGCCCCUGCCGAGGUUCAGCACGAGGAUGGCUGAUAUUUGUUUUUUUCCUUUCCUUAAUUCCACUUUGCAUUAAACUUCCAACAUAACCCAAUAUGGCA